AUGUCCGCCUUAGACAAAGCCACCCAGGGCCAGACGGGGGACGACACCUUCAAGUCGGAGAAACACGAUGCAGAACACAUCGAUCAUGCCGAUGAUAUUGAAAAGGCCGGCAUUGCAGACAACAUCGCCGAUGUCGCCACAAGUGUCGACAACAUUCCUAUCAGUUGGUUUGUGUGGCUGGUGGCCGCCACAGCGUCGAUGGCCGGUCUGCUCUUCGGCUAUGACACCGGUAUCAUUUCAGCGGCAUUGGUAUACCUGGGUGAUGAUCUCAACGGUCGACCAGUGACGAGCAAUGAGAAAGAAUUGAUCACCUCGCUCUGCUCGGGAGGUGCCUUUUUCGGCGCCAUCUUUGCAGGAAAUACGGCUGAUAGGCUCGGCCGCAAAAUGGCCAUCUACCUCGGCUGCGUCCUUUUCGUCAUUGGAGCCGUCCUCCAAGGCGCAGCAUACACCAUCGCCCAAAUGUCUGUCGGCCGUGUCGUCGUCGGUUUCGGUGUCGGAUCCGCAGCCAUGGUGUGCCCGCUAUACGUGGCUGAAAUUGCCCCAGCCAGAGCCCGUGGCAAGCUCAUCGGAUUAAACAACAUGUCGAUCACCGGAGGACAGGUCAUUGCCUACGCCCUUGGUGCCGCAUUCGCCAGUGUCCCCAGCGGCUGGCGGUAUAUGGUAGGGCUUGGAGCGUUGCCGGCCAUCAUCCUGUUCGCUCUUCUCCCAUUCUGUCCCGAAUCACCACGCCAUCUGGCGUACAACGGCAGGGAACAGGAAGCAUGGAACGUCCUGCAGAGAAUCUACAAGGGUGCCGACGAUUUCCAGAUCGAUGCGGUUCUGCUCAACAUCAAGGUUGCGUGCGAGCAGGCCCGUGAGAUUAAUGACAGUGGCAGCGGACUGUGGAAGAUCAAGCAGCUGCACAUCAUCCCUAGCAACCUUCGUGCUCUGAUCAGUGCAUGCGGUCUGAUGGUCAUUUCGCAAUUGUCCGGAUUCAACUGCUUGAUGUACUACAGCGGAACUCUUCUCAGCUCGAUCGGAUUCGGUAAUCCCGUGGCGGUGGGCUUGGUCAUCGCAGGACCCAACUUCAUCAUGACAUGGGUGAACAUGAUGAUCAUCGAUAAAAUCGGGCGCCGACGCCUUCUCCUCACCACGUCCUGGGGAAUGGCGGCGGGUAUGCUGGCCAUUGCAGUCGCUUUUGUCUGGAUUCCCUUCGACCGGGAAACAGGUGAAAUCGAGCCCAUGAGUAGCGUGACGCCCGCCGCGAUCGUGGUCAUAGUCUUUAUGAUCUUCUUCGUCGUCUUCUAUGGUGUGUCUGUGGGAAAUACAGCGUGGAUGAGCACGGAUUUCUUCCCGCUGGAAGUGCGUGCCAUGGGCACCAUGUGGCUGACUUGCUCCAACUGGGGAUCCAACGUCAUUAUCUCCAGCUGCUUCCUGUCCAUGAUGAAGUCCAUGACAGGCUCAGGAGCCUUCGGCUUCUUCGCCGCUAUCUGCGGUCUGGGAUGGAUCUGGAUCUUCUUCUUCUACCCCGAGGUCUCGGGUCUCGUGCUGGAGGAAAUCCAGGACGUCUUCGAGCAUGGCUUUGGUGUUCGGUAUGCGAAUAACUUGCGCAAAGAGCGCAAGCAUAUCAUCGAGGAACGGAUGAGGACUAUGGAGAAGCCCAUUCCUGUGGGACAUUAG